AUGCAGAUCGACCGUUUUUCUGCAUCUCACUCUCCUACCGCUGCCACCACCGCUUCCCUACACAACUCCGCCGUCCUCGCAGACUCAAAAGUAAACGAGAGGCCGACCCGCCCGCUCCCGUCUUCUUCGAAGGCUAGAAAAAUGCAGCAGCAGCAGACGAGCAACAACCCGCUUAUGCAGCAGGCCAACCCGCUCAUGCUCCCCGUCCAGGCGCACGUCGCCAAGAGCGGCCCGGCCUCGACCCAGCGCAAGCUGUACGUUAUCUUGGAGCAGGCGUGUCUGGAGGCGUACCGGGUCAGCACAGCGGGCAGGGCCAAGAACGGACGCGAGGGAGACGUCAAGUACGCCCUCCUCAACUGCGACGAUCACCAGGGCAUCUUGGCCAAGACGGGGAGGGACAUCGCGGACGCGAGGCCGGACAUCACUCAUCAGUGCUUGUUGACGCUGCUCGAUUCGCCGCUCAACAAGGCGGGCCUGCUGCAAGUCUACAUCCACACCGCAAGGGGCGUUCUCAUCGAGGUCAACCCUCAUGUGAGGAUUCCGCGGACGUUCAAGCGGUUCAGCGGCUUGAUGGUGCAAUUGCUGCACAAGCUCUCGAUCCGUGGUGUCAACGGGCCGGAAAAACUUCUCAAGGUCAUCAAGAACCCGGUGACCGACCACCUUCCUGCAAACACGAUAAAGCUCACUUUGUCUGGAGAUGCACCAGUGGUGAAGUUGUCGAAGUAUCUCCCCACGCUGCCGGAAACACACCACAUCGCCGUGUUCGUGGGUGCCAUGGCUCGCGGGAAGGACGACUUUGCGGACGGCAUCGUCGACGAGAAGAUAGGAAUCAGUCAGUUCCCGUUGAGCGCAUCGGUCGCGUGUGGCAAGUUCUGUUGCGCACUUGAGGACCUCUGGGACAUCGUUUGA